GAGAGGCGGGCGUCGGGCGCGGAGCGGGCGCGGAGGCCAUGCGGCGGCGGCGGCGGGCGGAGGCGGCGGAGGAGGAGCAGGGCCGCACCGCGCAUGCGCACAGGCCCUGAGGCCCCGCCGGGCGAGGAGACGGAGCAGGCCUCGCCAUGGACAACCAGUGCACGGUGCAGGUGAAGCUGGAGCUGGGCCACCGGGCGCAGCUGCGCAAGAAGCCGACCACGGAGGGCUUCACCCACGACUGGAUGGUCUUCGUCCGCGGGCCCGAGCAGUUCGAGAUCCAGCACUUCGUGGAGAGGGUCGUCUUCCGCCUCCACCAGAGCUUCCCCAAGCCCAAGAGGGUCUGCAAAGAGCCGCCGUACAAGGUGGAGGAGUCCGGCUACGCGGGGUUCAUCAUGCCCAUCGAGGUCCACUUCAUCAACAAGGAGGAGCCCAAGAAGGUGUGCUUCACCUACGACCUCUUCCUGAACCUGGAGGGGAACCCGCCUGUCAAUCACCUGCGCUGCGAGAAGCUGACCUUCAACAACCCCACCAAGGACUUCCAGCGCAAGCUCAUCAAGGCCGGAGGGGUGAUGGUGAUGCCCGAGGGGGCCGAGAGCGUCUCCCGCCCGAGCCCGGACUACCCGAUGCUGCCCACCAUCCCGCUCUCCGCCUUCUCCGACCCCAAGAAGACCAAGCCCUCCCACGGCUCCAAGAAGGCGAACCGUGACGGAAGCGGGAGUGGGGGCGGCGGGAAGGCCUCGAAGCCACACAAAGUGACUCGUGAGCACCGCGAGCGCCCCCGGAAGGACCCGGACGGCAAGGGCGGCUCCUCGUCGUCUUCCUCCCGGGACGCGGAGGCCGGGAAGCCCCCCAAGGAGCCCUCCUCGUCCUCGUCCCGGAAGCCGGUCGAGGGCAAGCCCCCCGGCAAGGAGGACCGCCCCCCGCUGCUCCCCAAGGCGGCCUUCAAGGAACCCAAAAUGGCCCCCAAGGCCGAGGCCGCCUCCCCCAAAGGGGGCGGGGCAUCGGGAGCGGGGGGCGGGGCCAGCAAUAACAACGCCCCGGAAGCGAAGCCCCCCGGGAAGCGGCCCCCCACGGCGGUGACGGCGGGAGAGUCCCCGAAGCCGAGCGCCAAGAAGCCGAAGAAGAGCAGCGGCGGCGGGAGCAGCGGAGGAGGCGGGGGGUCCGGGUUCAGCAAGGGGCCGAAGGGACCCCCACAGACGUCCUCCACGCCGUCCCCGAGGGGGGGCGGCCCCUUCGCGGAGAAGAAGCCCCCCAAGGAGAGGGCGGCGGCCAAGGCCGAGAAGGGCAGCAAGGUUGAGGCGGAGGGCAAGAUGGCCGCCCCCGCCAAGAAGGGGCCGGAGGCCACGGCUGCGACCGAGGAGGAGUCCCACUCCGAGGACGAGGAGCCCUCCCUCAAGUCCGAGUCGGCCCCGUCCAGCCCUUCCAACUCCAGCUCCAGCUCCGACUCCAGUUCCGACUCGGACUUUGAGCCUUCGCAGAACCACAGCCAAGGUCCGUUGCGCUCGAUGGUGGAGGACCUGCAGUCGGAGGAGUCGGACGAGGACGACAGCUCUUCCGGCGGGGACGAGGGGCCCCCCAAGGCCACCCCGGUCGGGCGGGACGCCAGGCUCAGCCCCAGCGACAGCGAGAGCGACAACAGCGUGGACUCCUGCCUCCCCGGCCGAGAGGGGCCCCCCGCCCAGAAGCCGCCCCCCGCCCACAACAAGGUUUCCGGGCGGAAGAGCCCCGAGUCCUGCAGCAAGUCGGAGAAGAUGCUGAAGAAAGGCACCUACGACAAGGCCUACACGGACGAGCUGGUGGAGCUGCACCGGCGCCUGAUGGCCUUGCGGGAGCGGAACGUCCUCCAGCAGAUCGUGAACCUGAUCGAGGAGACGGGACACUUCAACGUCACCACCACCACCUUCGACUUCGACCUCUUCUCCCUGGACGAGAGCACCGUCCGCAAGCUGCAGAGCUACCUGGAGGCCGUCACUACGUGACCCCCCCCCCCCGGAAAGACCCCCCUCUUUUGUAAAACAAACACAGACGUUGCUCUGACACCUGGAUCACCCCUCCUCCCCUUCCUUUGGAUCAAUGGACCCUCUUUGGGCCAAAACGGGUCGCCGUCCGGAACAUGUCCUGGACAAGUACCCAUUGAAAACGGUCGAUCCCGGAUGAGUACCCAGAUAAAACAGGUCGUCGAUU